ACACACACACACACACACACAUCUUUUUAGCACCCGUGCAGCUCGGUGGUGUUGAGUCUCGGUGAUUCCGCCUCGGCAUGGUCACCUCUGCGCUCUUCUAGACUUUUAGAGACUUUUUAAGAGAACUUUCAGGUCGGAGACAGAAAUAAACUUCUGGACAUGACUGAGCGCGUGUCCUAACAAGCGCUUUAUAUUUAGCUAUUGGACUUUACACAGUGAGGAGAGAAGAGGGGAAGUGAGAGAGAGAGAGAGAGAGAGAGAGGGAGAGAGAGAGAGAGAGAGAGAGAGAGAGAGAGAGAGAGAUUUUCACUGGAAUAUUUGCGGAAAGUCGCGUGCAACCGGUUCCUUAUUAUCAGUGCCACAGAGGCCGGAGACCCGGAUGAAGGACACUUCAGGGGUCAGUGAUGAGAGAUGAUUUGAUGACCAGGAGGUCUCUGCGCUGCGGGGACACGAGCGCGCGCACGGCACCUUCACCCGCACACCGCACUCAUUAGAGACCAGAGAACCAGAAAAAGAACCAGACACACACAGACACACAAACACCCACACACUUGCUCUGUAAUGGAGGUCUCCAGCCAGACGGCGGCGGAGGCAGGUGGAGAUCAUGCAGCCAGUGUGGCUGUGACGGCGGCAGAGAGAGUGGACGUCCCGAGUCCGAGUCUGGUGUCCAAACAGCGCAGUCUGCGUGCGGUCUACGUCCUGAAUGACGGGCUGAAGGCGGUGGCGGCGAACAGCCCCGAGUCCGGAGCGCUGCAGUGCCUGCAGAGAGCGUGCGACGCCGAGAGCGCCAUCCUCACCACCGUCACCUUCGGCAGGCUGGACUUCGGUGAGACGUCGGUGCUGGACACCUUCUACGACGCAGACAUCGCGGUGGUGGAUAUGAGUGAUGUGUUCCGCCAGCCGUCCCUCUUUUAUCAUCUGGGAGUUCGUGAGAGUUUCGACAUGGCCAACAACGUCAUCCUGUACCACGACACUGACCCUGACACAGCGCAGUCUCUGAAGGAUAUGGUGGCCCAGAAAAACACAGCGUCCCGGCCCGUUACUCUGGGCUUCCCCUGGGUGCAGUUACCUCCUGAGUACCGAGGCUCGGGUCUGAGGAAUAAAGCCUCCAGUGGGAAUUAUUACUUCAUCCCGUACGUGAUGACGCCAAACAACGAGUACAUCUGCUGUGAGAACGUGGCCCAGCGCCGGGCAUCUGAGUACAUGCAGCCCAGCUGGGACAACCUGCUCGGACCUCUGUGUGUGCCGCUGGUGGACCGGUUCGCCAGCCUGCUGAAGGACAUCCACGUCACGUCCUGCGCUUCUUUCAAAGACACGCUGCUGAAUGACAUCCGAAAAGCUCGAGAUAAGUAUCAGGGUGAGGAACUGGCCAAGGAGCUGUCUCGCAUCAAACUGCGCAUCGACAACACCGAGGUUCUGACGCAGGACAUCGUCAUGAAUCUGCUCUUCUCCUACAGAGACAUACAGGAUUAUGAUGCGAUGGUGAAACUGGUGCAGACCCUGGAGAUGUUGCCCACAUGUGACCUCGCCAACCAGCCUAUGAUCCAGUUCCACUAUGCCUUUGCCCUCAACAGGAGGAACAGUCCAGGUGACAGGGAGCAGGCUCUCCGUGUGAUGUUGCAGGUUCUACAGUCAUGUGAUCAUCCUGCUCCAGACAUGUUCUGUCUCUGUGGUCGGAUCUAUAAGGACUUUUUCCUCGACUCGGAGUGUAAAGACACGAAAAGCCGCGAUAACGCCAUCCAGUGGUACAGGAAGGGAUUCGAGCUCCAGCCCACUCUGUACUCAGGCAUUAACCUGGCUGUGUUACUCAUUGUCGCUGGACAGCAGUUCGAGAGCUCCAUCGAACUCCGCAAGAUCGGGGUCAGGUUGAACAGUCUUCUCGGCAGGAAGGGCAGUUUAGAGAAGAUGAAUAAUUACUGGGACGUUGGUCAGUUCUUCACUGUUAGCAUGCUGGCUAAUGACAUCCCUAAAGCCGUUCAAGCAGCUGAGAAACUCUUCAAACUCAAACCUCCAAUCUGGUACUUGCGCUCUGUGGUGCAGAACCUAAAACUCAUCCAGCACUUUAAGAAGCAGAACACGGAACACUCAGCCCAGAGAGAGAGACUCAACUUCUGGAUGGACAUCAUCGUGGAAGCCACACAGAGAACCACCAACAGCCUGCGCUUUCCGGUGUUGAUCCUGGAGCCCACUAAAGUUUAUCAGCCCUCAUACGUGUCCAUCAACAGUGAGGCGGAGGAGAAGAACGUCUCCAUAUGGCACGUUUCUCCUGCAGAGACGAAAGGAAUCCAUGAGUGGAACUUUACAGCAUCGUCUAUCAAAGGAAUCAGCAUCUCCAAAUUUGACGAACGUUGUUGUUUCCUGUACGUCCAUGACAACUCUGAUGAUUUUCAGAUCUACUUCUCCACUGAGGAACAGUGUGCCAGGUUCUGCUCCAUGGUGAAGGAGUUGAUCUCAGAUGGAUCAGGGAACGCAGUGGAGCUGGAGGGAGAAGGAGAUGGAGACACGCUGGAGUACGAGUACGACUACAAUGAGAACGGGGACCGGGUGGUGCUGGGGCGGGGCACGUAUGGCGUGGUGUACGCUGGGAGAGACCUGAGCAACCAGGUGCGCAUCGCCAUCAAGGAGAUCCCAGAGAGAGACAGCAGGUACUCGCAGCCGCUGCACGAGGAGAUCGCGCUGCACAAAUACCUCAAACACAGGAACAUCGUGCAGUACCUGGGCUCCGUCUCCGAGGACGGAUACAUAAAGAUCUUCAUGGAACAGGUUCCUGGAGGUAGUUUAUCAGCACUGCUGCGGUCGAAGUGGGGUCCUCUGAAAGAAGCCACCAUCAUCUUCUACACACGUCAGAUCCUGGAAGGUCUGCGAUACCUACAUGAGAACCAGAUCGUCCAUCGAGACAUUAAGGGAGAUAACGUCUUGGUGAACACCUACAGCGGUGUCUUAAAGAUCUCAGACUUCGGUACGUCCAAACGUUUGGCCGGAGUGAACCCCUGCACUGAGACCUUCACCGGGACUCUGCAGUACAUGGCACCUGAGAUUAUUGAUAAAGGUCCUCGAGGUUAUGGAGCUCCGGCUGAUAUCUGGUCACUCGGCUGCACCAUCAUCGAGAUGGCCACCGGAAAGCCUCCAUUUCACGAGCUGGGCGAGCCGCAGGCGGCCAUGUUUAAGGUGGGAAUGUUUAAAAUCCACCCCGAGAUUCCUGAAUCUCUUUCCCCUGAGGCCAAGUCCUUCAUCCUGCGCUGCUUCGAGCCCGAUCCCAGCAGGAGAGCCACGGCCGGAGACCUGCUGAAGGACCAGUUCUUACGCCACAACAUAAAGGGCAAGAAGAACAAGAUCGCCUUCAAACCCUCAGAUUAUAUCCGCAGUGUGUCCAUGCCUGUGCAGUUGCAGGCUGAAGCCACCGGGAGUAGCAGCAGUGAGCCGGGCUCCGUGUCUCCGGACUGCGACUCCAAACACGACGUCUUCUUCAAAAAAAACAAACGCUCAGGCUCGGAGAACCUCAUCAAACCCGUAACCUCCAGCUUCCUCAGCGUUCCUGAUGAAAGCCCGACUUCAGAGGACCGAAGUUCUCCAGCUUCGUCUGAGAACAGCGACUCGGGUCUCUUCCUGCUGAAGAAAGACAGUGAGAGACGCGCGAUCCUCUACAAAGUUCUGAACGAGGACCAGGACAAGGUCACGUCCAACCUCUUGGAGAACCACAUGCAGGGCAGCACAGAGGAGCUGAAGCUGUCUGUAGAUCACAUAAAGCAGAUCAUCUGCAUCCUGCGUGACUUCAUCCGUUCUCCUGAGCGCCGCGUCAUGGCCUCCACCAUCUCCAAGCUUAAACUGGACCUGGACUUUGACAGCACCUCCAUCAACCAGAUCCAGCUGGUUCUGUUCGGCUUCCAGGACUCGGUGAAUAAAGUUCUGAGGAACCAUCACAUUAAACCCCACUGGAUGUUCGCCAUGGACAACAUCAUCAGACGAGCCGUCCAGGCUGCAGUCACCAUAUUAAUUCCAGAGCUGCAGACUCACUUUGGCCCGGCGUCCGAGAGCGAAGGAGCCGAGAAAGAUGCUGACGACGUGGACGUGGAAGAGGACGGAGACUUCGGUGCCGUGGAAAAUGUCGCUCCGGAGGACACGGGACUCACGUCGGGGGUCAGCACUCUCAGCUCGGUCAUUUCCCAUGAUUCCCAGCGCCCUCAGCAUCCGCUUGGGGCGCAGCUCACACGCCUCAAACAGGAGACCGGCAGGCUCCUGGAGGAACUGGUGCAGAAGGAGAAGGAGUACCAGCAGGUUCUGAGGCAGAAUCUCCAGCAGAGGGCGCAAGACCUGGAGCUCUUCAGACUGAAGAACCAGCCUGCAGCUGCUCUGAAUAACGGAAUUCUCUCCUCAGCAGAAGCUCCUUCAGCCUCCAUCUUCCACAUGGCAGCAGAAGCGGAGGCAGAUACGGAGCUGACCGAGUGGCUGAAGCAGCAGGGGGUCGAUUCACACACUGUCCACAAGUUCGUGUCAGAGGAUUACACACUAAACGACAUUCUCAACGACGUCACCAAAGACGACCUGCAGCACAUGAGGCUGAGAGGUGGUGUGUUGUGCCGUAUCUGGAAAGCCAUCCAGAGGCACCGAACCCGAGAGCAGAGGAAAAUACGGAGUGAUGAUGAGACAUCUGAGGGAUGAGCAGAAGCUCAGAUCUCCCUCUGAAGAACUUCUUAAUUGACCUCAUGCUUUAAAACAUGCACACACACACACUCACACACACACACACACACACACACACACACAUGGAAAUAUCCCGCUGCCGUGUUUCCUUGUCGCUCCACUGGUUCCUCCGUUCUGUUUUCAGCUCUGAUUUGCAUGUGAGACUUUUCCCUUCCUGAACUUUCCCUGUGGAUAAAACAGUUCCUCUGACCUUCUCUGGGGAAAAUCCGCUGCACUCCUCCGAUGUUUGUGUUUGUGUUUUAGUGGUGUUGUUGGUGGUGUUGUCGUUCUCAGUAUUUUCUCCCUUGCUGUGAUGCUGUGAUAGUUGACAGCAGAUCCUGCGAUGUGAUUGGCCGUCAUCUCGGUGCAUUCCUCACGCUCACACGCUGAAGCUCACGUGUGUUCAGAGACGUCGGGUUGAUCAAAGCGACCUAACGCGACAACAGGGAACAUGAAGGUCUGUUUUUUUGUGUGUUUUUAUGCACAAGUCUGAACAUGUGCUAUAAAACAAAACAGAUUCCCGAGCAGUCCUUUUUUUUUCUUUUUCUUCUUCCUGUUGAACUGCUUCAUGGAUGAUAUUCAACACUUCUUUAGAAAAUUCAGUCUAAUAACAGGAAACAUAAACAGUGUUAAGGAUUAUUCUUCAGAAUAUUGACCCUGAGUGAAUAAAUCUACAGAAAUAUGAAUAAAUAUUGAUCAGGAAUGUUAGAGAUUUUGUUGCCCUCAGGGACUGGCCCUCAGUCUGUGUGGUGUGGUGUGGUCAGUGAAGUAAAGCGGUCCUGAUGUGGUCAGUAACACAGACGUCUCUUCUUCACCUCGCUUGGGAUUCGGAUGCCUGAAGCCCGACGCUGGAGAUGUGAAUGUGGCUCAGAGCAUUCUUUAUCUUAGCAUUAGCAAAGUUUCUAAAUGCAGAUUAUUUUUUACUCGGUCGGUCGUGUGCAAAAAGAAAAAAACAACAAUAUUUAUUCUCUAACAGAAAUAACCUGAGAAAUCAGAUAGAGAGUAAAAAACGAUUCAGUCCUAAAAGGUGGAAUGUUCGAUAAACAUCACACAAAGAAAUGGUCUGCUUUCAUCUUUCCGUGUUUUGAGUUCCCACUUCCCACAUUUCACACUAUUUUGUGUGUGCAGGUGAAUAAGAUCAAAUGGCUAAAUAAAAUAAAAUAAACUCGACUAAGGUUCACCUGGACAAAGAGACCUGCAGGAAUCUCAAACUUUCAGCCUGAAAACUCUAAGAAAUGAAAUCAGCUGGUUAAAAAUUUAGAAAAGCCACAAAACGGCGUCUGUUUAAAAAGGUUUUGUGCAAUAAACAGAAUAAACUAGCAGUUUAGCAUCCGGUUAGUCGUUUAGCUGAAGAAAAAAAAACAACAACAAAAAAUAAAUAAAUGAAAUUAAUUUUUAUUUAUAUAUCAAGAUGGCUUUUUAUUAAAUCUGAACUUUUACACAUCAGUAUUAAUAGAUCUGCUUCUGGUGGCUAAGAGCGAGCUGCUCCAGGUGAUGAUGAUUUUCGUUUCAUUUCAUUGUCUGUAGCGCUUAUCCGAUCUAUACUUGGGUCACGGGGAGCCUGUGCUCAGGCGUCAUCAGGCAUCACAGAGUGCCAACCCAUCGCAGGGCACACACACUACAGGCAAUUUAGAGACUCCAAUCAGCCUAGAAGCAUGUCUUUGGACUGUGGAAGGAAACCAAGCACGGGGAGAACAUGCAAACUCCACACACACAGUGAGAGGGAGCGAGACUCGAACCCAGGACGCCGGAGGUGUGAGGCCACUGAUGAUGAUAUUUGUGUUUAUUUUUUUAAAAUUUUUUAUAAAACACAUUUCCGUGUGAGUGUGUGUGUGUGUUUCACUUUUCAGAGACUAUCUAGGAAUAAAUCAGUCAAUCAAUAAAUAUUCAGUAUAUUUGAUUUAUAAUUUUUUCUCAAACUGGAGUAUGAAGAUUGAUGAAGAGUUUUAUCAUCGUUCAUAUUUUCAUCAGCAGUCAGAAGUUUAAUACGCUUUUCACUUUUAUUCCUUUAAAUGAAAGACUCUAAAGGUUUAAUGAUGAAGAAUCUGUGAUAAAUGUUAACAUAUGGGUUUAUUUCUUCAUCAGAACUUAUAUCUGAAGUAGUUUUCAUGUGAAAUUAAGAUGAAGUGAAUGAGCAGGAGCAGUGAGGAGCUCAGGCCUGGGGUGAAGCUCCUCGUCAAAGAGAGAGAAGAAUUUAUAAGAUAAGAGUUUUUAAUUCAUUCACACGUCUCUGAGUCAUGUUCAUCAUCACGUUCAUCAUCACGUUCAUCAUCACCUUCAUCAUCAUGUUAAUUCCCAGUCCUGAUUAAUCUAAUUUACUCUAAUAGAAAAAUGUACCAAGGACUUCUGGAUGAUGGGGUGCACAAACUUUUGACUGGUGGUGUAAAUAUAGCUCGUGGUAUAUAUAUAUAUAAUAUCUUAUCAUAUCUUAUCAUUAAUAAUAAUAAUUAUUUUAUUAUUAUUAUUAUUGUUUAUAUUUUACUAAAAAUAAUAAUUAUUAUUUUUUUAAAUUAUUAUUAUCAUUAUUGUGUGACAUUUCUGCUUCAGAAUGUGAGAAACCCGACACGUGAUCCGUGAAUGUUGCAUUGAAAAACUGUUUUACUGCCCCAGCAUGCGGAGCUGAAAGUGAUCUUCAGUAGCCGUGUUCCAGCUGCAGAAGCAUCUCAAACAUUUCACCUGGAGGGGUGAAGACCAGAAAACCUUCAACACUCCAACAUUCCUGAAAACACACGCCAGUUUACCUCACACACCCUGAUUCAUCAGAACUGACAAUUCAUUACGGCGGGGGGGAGGGUGUGUGUGUGUGUGUGUGUGUGUGUGUGUGUGUGUGAGUAAAAGCUCCACCCUGUGAGUUUGUAAUAAAUCCGUUGGUGAGUA